CUCACUAGAAGAAAUAUGAUCUUUAAUGUCGGUUGUAAAAAAUGAAAAUGGAUGUUUAAUGUCGAUUUUUAAAAUACGGAUGUUUAAUGUCGGUUUUAAACUGACAUCAAAGAGGAAGGAUUAAUGUCGGUUUAAAACCGACAUUAAAGCUAUGUUUAUUUAUUUAUUUUAUAAAUUAAUAUCUUCCUUUAGGUUUAGUAUUUUGAUGCUUUUUUCUUUAACCCAUUUGCAGCCGCCUCCAUCCCCCUUCCUCCCUCUCACUCAUCUCCCCAUCUUGCAUCUACUCUUUCUCCAUCUUCAUCUCCUUUUCUUCCAUCUUUUCCAUCUCUUCGAUCUCCAUUGGUGCGAAGUUCCAACUCUUCUCUCUUCGCCUCUGAGAUCCUCCCUCAUAUAGUUUCAUCCGACAGUGACUCUCGUAAUCUCAAGCGCAUCUUACAUAUGCUCACUAGCUACGAUGUUUUUGAGGAAUAUCUCAGCAACAUUUACCUAGUCGCAAACGUUUAGAUUCACCGUCAUUCUCCCUCUGUCAAAAAUGGCGAAAAUGGUGAAAACCCCCAUUCACCAUCAUUAUCAGCAGAGACAAAACCAGUUUUAGACGAAACCGAAAUUGAAGUUGAUGGGAAGAGAGAAGAAGAAGAAGAGAAAGCGACGGAUGAAGGCAUCGGACCCGACGACGAAAACAACGGCGCAUUGGCGGGUCCAGAGGAGGAGGACCAGUCAAAGGAGUGAGAAACUCCGUCGCUGGAACCGGAACCAGAGAGAAAAACACAAAUAGAAACAUCUGUUCUACCAAAUUGCUUGCUGUUAAUGAUGUACGAGCCAAAGCUAUCAAUGGAGAAGAAUCUGCAGCUUCAUCGUUGUGGUCAUAAUCUUCCAUGGAAACUCCGACAAAGGUCUAGUAAUGAGAGUGCAAUGGCGUAUGUUUUCGAUUCAACCUUUGAUUGCAAAAAUAUUGAUGCUGCAAAAGAGAUAUACGGGGCCCUUCGCAUGUUUGUGAAAAUGCAUUUAAUGUGGAAUUCCAAAAUACUUAUAGACGGCGGAGACAAUGAAAUUGUGGCAACAUCUCUGCUUGAGGCCAACGUCUUAUACUAUCAUUGUUUUUCAGUAUCUAUGUUGGGCCUAAGUCAUUCCUCCGAGGACCUUUGGACGAUUCAAAAGCCAAUAAGACGAGACCACGGCUCUACUGUGAACUUUCUGAUUGUCCAGCGGAACUACUUCACCCCCCUGAAGAUUGUAACGUGAAUUCCACAUUGCCCUUCACUCUUCAGGUGUCUCAUUAGCCAGAUUGACCACUAAAUUUGUCGAGUUGAAGAUUUGUUUCUGCAGAUUGACCACAUUGCUUGGCUUGUUUCAUGGGUCAGGGAUAUAUUUGUUUACCUAUCUGGUGCAAUUAGUGCUUCUGGUCUUGGCUGCACCGGUGGAGUGGGUAGAGGACGAAUUUUUGCAAAUGGUCUUGGUGCAGGUGGUGGACAUGGUGGGAAAGGUGGUGAUGGAUACUAUAAUGGCACCUUCAUUAAUGGCGGUGUUGCGUAUGGUGAUCCCAAUCUCCCUUGUGAACUUGGCAGUGGUAAUGGAAAUGGUAGUCUUGCUGGCGAAACAGCAGGUGGUGGGAUUAUUGAUAAUUGAAGUGAUAUCGGGUUGAAAGCUAAGCGAUUGUGUAGAAAUGGUCAAGCGACCGUUGAAAAUUGAAGACUGAGAAGGCAUUUAGGAUUUUAGAAUCUUUUUUCAUGUACUAUUGUAGAAUGUAUAUAUAAACAUAAUAUUAAUAUUUUAUUUUGUGUAUUCAAAUGUAAAAGACAAAUGUUAUAGUUUCUAACAUAAUAUGAAUUUCAUUGA